GGGAGGGAGAUGCGGUCGCGGCUCGGGCUGCUUGCAGAUCUCUACCCAGCAUAAUGCUGGAGCAGGAGGCUGGCGGCCUGCAGCUCUCAGGAUGGCCGAGCUGGAUGCCGACUUGGAUCACAUCAUCCCAUCUGUCCUGCCCCCUUUCUGGGCCAAGUUAGUUGUGGGAUUUGUUUCCCUUCUGUGUUUUGCAAGGAGCUAUGAUGGAGAUUUUGUCUUUGAUGAUUCUGAAGCUAUUGUUAACAAUAAGGACCUCCGGGCAGACACACCCCUGGGUGACCUGUGGCACCAUGACUUCUGGGGCAGUAGACUGAGCAGCAACACCAGCCACAAGUCCUACCGGCCACUCACUGUUUUGACUUUCAGGAUCAACUAUUAUCUCUCUGGAGGCUUCCACCCCGUGGGCUUCCAUGUGGUCAACAUCCUCCUGCACGGUGCCGUCUCUGUGCUCAUGUUCGAUGUCUUCUCAGUGCUGUUUGGCGGCCUGCAGUACACCAGUAAAGGCCGGAGGGUCCGCCUGGCCCCCAGAGCAUCCCUGCUGGCCGCACUGCUGUUUGCUGUCCACCCAGUGCACACUGAGUGUGUUGCUGGUGUUGUUGGCCGUGCAGACCUCCUGUGUGCCCUCUUCUUUUUGUUGUCUUUCCUUGGCUACUGUCACGCGUGUAAAGAAAAUAACAAGGAGGGAGCACAUUCUUCCACCUUCUGGGUGUUGCUGAGCAUCUUUCUGGGAGCAGCGGCCAUGCUGUGCAAAGAACAAGGAAUCACUGUGCUGGGCUUGAACGCUGUGUUUGAUAUCCUGGUGAUAGGCAAAUUCAACAUUCUGGUAGCUGUCCGGAAGGUACUACAUAAGGACAAGUCAUUAGAGAACAUUGGUGUGCUCAGGAAUGGAGGCCUCCUCUUCCGAAUGACCUUGCUCACCCUCGGAGGCAUAGGGAUGCUUUACGUACGCUGGGCCAUCAUGGGUACAGGCCCACCGGCAUUUACUGAGGUGGACAACCCAGCCUCCUUUGCUGAUAGCAUGUUAGUUAGGGCCAUAAACUAUAAUUACUACUAUUCAUUGAAUGCCUGGCUGCUGCUGUGUCCCUGGUGGCUGUGUUUUGAUUGGUCAAUGGGCUGCAUCCCCCUCAUUAAGUCAGUUGGUGACUGGAGGGUAAUUGCUCUAGCGGCACUCUGGCUCUGCCUAAUUGGCCUAAUAUUCCAAGCCCUGUGCGCUGAAGAUAGCUGCAAGAGAAGAACCCUUACUCUGGGUUUGGGAUUCCUUGUGAUCCCCUUUCUUCCUGCAAGCAACCUGUUCUUCCGAGUGGGCUUCGUGGUCGCAGAGCGCGUCCUGUACCUCCCGAGCGCGGGCUUCUGUGUGCUGCUCACCUUUGGCUUCGGAGCCCUAAGCAGACACACAAAGAAAAAGAAACCAGUUGCCGCCAUCAUCCUGGGCAUUCUACUCAUCAACACGCUGAGAUGUGUGGUUCGCAGCGGCGAGUGGCGGAGCGAAGACCGGCUCUUCCGAAGUGCCCUGUCUGUGUGUCCCCUCAAUGCUAAGGUUCACUACAACAUCGGCAAAAACCUGGCUGAUCAAGGCAACCAAACAGCGGCCAUCAGAUAUUACCGAGAAGCAGUCAGAUUAAAUCCCAAGUAUGUUCAUGCCAUGAAUAACCUUGGGAAUAUCCUAAAAGAAAGGAAUGAGCUACAAGAAGCUGAAGAGAUGCUGUCCAUGGCUGUCCAAAUACAGCCAGACUUUGCAGCCGCAUGGAUGAAUUUGGGAAUAGUUCAGAACAGCCUGAAACGGUUUGAGGCUGCAGAGCAAAGCUACCGGACAGCUAUUAAACACAGGCGGAAAUACCCAGACUGCUACUACAACCUUGGGCGGCUGUAUGCAGAUCUGAACCGCCAUGUGGAUGCGCUGAAUGCGUGGAGAAACGCCACGGUGCUGAAGCCAGAGCACAGCCUGGCAUGGAACAACAUGGUCAUACUACUGGACAACACAGGUAACUUAGCCCAGGCUGAAGCAGUCGGGAGAGAGGCGCUGGAAUUAAUUCCGAAUGAUCACUCUCUUAUGUUCUCGUUGGCCAACGUUCUGGGGAAAUCCCAGAAAUACAAGGAGUCUGAAGCUUUAUUCCUCAAGGCAAUUAAAGCAAAUCCAAAUGUUGCAAGUUACCACGGUAAUUUGGCUGUGCUCUAUCAUCGCUGGGGACAUCUCGAUGCAGCCAAGAAACACUAUGAGAUCUCCUUGCAGCUUGACCCUGUGGCGGCCGGCACCAAGGAGAACUACCGUCUUCUGAGGAGAAAGCUACAACAGCUGCAGGAGAAAGCUGUCUGAGCUGCCUCUCCUGUCUCCACUUUGUGCGUGUGCGCAUGAGGCCUCUUCUCGGAUUGUGUGCUGACGUUUAGCCAUUUAAAAUUCUUCUCUUUUCUUUUAUUUGUUCUACUGUUAUUUCUUUCUAUGAAAACAAAGACAUGCAAAACGAUUUGAUAGCACCAGCAAUACACUCUUGAAUGCUUGAUAGAUUUUUUUGCAUUGAAAUUGUAUUUUUUCACACAACCCAAAUGUAGUUCUAAAAUCCAAAAAAUGAAGCCUUAAAAAAAAAUUAAAAAAAAAAAAAAAAAGCUAAACAGAAAAAAAAAGAGAAAAGUUUAUUUUGAGUGGAUUUUGCUUGUGUUAAACCUACAUUUGGGGUGUGUUUGUUAUGAUGAGGUGCUCUGACCUAGACAUGGCUGACUUCUACAACUUGCAAAAGCAUCAAAUGUGUCUGUAUAUUAGCAUGUUUAUUUAACGAUAAGAAAUAGUAAAUUAAGAUUUGGGGUUUUUUUAAGUCUCUUUUUGAAACAGUAUAACUUGAACUUUGUAAGAAAUUAUUUAUUUACAUUUUUGUGUUGGACAGGAUAAAUAAUUGAAUGAAGAAGGGAAAAUGUUAGUGUCUGGUAUAGCUGUGUGUUUUUCUUUCGUAGGAGGAUACGACUCCCAUGCUUUCUUGCUGUGUGUGUUCUCCAACAUGUGUGAUGUUGGUGCGCAGGAUCCUAUCCCACGGAAGACCACUGUUGGGGGAGCGCCCCUGCCGUGCUGCAGGCGCCUGGUCUUUGCUCUGUCGGUUUCAGAGGGCCGUGUGUCCGUGUGUGCUGUUUUCCUGGUUUUAGCUGUAGAGUGAGUCCCUCUCACUUCAUGUACCUACAGACAUUAGUUUGUCCACAAAGUACAAAAAGAUAAAUUCUCUUCCAAAAGAAGUCGCAGCUCUGGAUUGUAUGGUGUUCUUACAAAUUGGGUUGUUUUUCCUUGUCUUAUUAUUUUUCAACAAUUUGUUUACUUAGUUUGUUCUUUAUAUACUGUUGACCUAAUAAUUUAUGCAAUCUCUAAUUUCUUAUGCAGUAAAAUUAUCACACAAACUGA